AUGGCAGACGACGAACUAGCAACCAGAACUCCCGAGAGCGAUUUGGCCGAGCAGAGUGCCAUCCCCGGCGACUCGGCCGUUGACCAAGGNCCCAAGUCUAGGAAAGCUCAAGUCCACGAAGGAGGACAACCAACAUCCACCUCCCAAACCCCCACGGGCGAAAUCACCAAAUUCAACGAUGUCGAAUGCUACAUUACCAAACCUGCCGACUACCCACACGCCCCCUGCAAGCUUCUGCUCUUCUUGACGGGUGGCACCGGUAUCCAUGCGCCAGCCAACAAACUCCAAGCCGAUGCCUACGCAGAGCAAGGAUAUCUCGUCAUUAUGCCCGACCAGUUCAACAAUGAUCCAGCACCCAACUCUGUCUUUUCUGCUGGCGACGACAAGACCAGCUUUCUCGAGCAGUUGAAACUCAGAGCUGCAGAAGUAGCAAAGAGCUUCAGAUUGGAUAUGUGGUUGGCAAGACAUACGCCAAGCUCAGUCUUGCCAAGGUUGAACAAGGUGUUGGCCGCCGUGAAAGAUGAGUUUGCAGAUGCGGUACAGGCAGGCGGUGGCGUAUACUGUGUCGGCGUCAGUGUGGGUGGCAGAUUUGCACUCUUGCUAGCCAGCGAGUUGGGUGCUGAUGUGCUCGAGGGUCAGAAGGAGGUCAGUGAAGAGGCAGCUGGUAAGGUUGAGGAAGGCAUGAUCAGAAAAAGUCCGGCUGUCAAGGCGGCUGUUAUCCUCCAUGGCGCAACCAUCGAGCGCGAAGACUUUACUGGUGUCAAGAGUCCUAUUGGUUUGUUGACCGUAGACGAGGACCCUCUGUUCAGCGAUGAGGUGCGCGAGGCCGGCGUCAGGAGCUUGAAAGAGAAGAGUGUCGAGGUUAAGGAAUGGACCUAUCCUGGUGUACCCCAUGGCAAGUCAAUUAUGUCCCAAUCGGAGAAGUCGUUAGCUGACAGUGUAUCGCANGGCUUUGCCGUCGUGGGCGAGUACCAAGACGAAGCCAUCAAGCAAGCCCAGAAGCAAGCCUUCGAAGUCGUUCUCGAAUGGCUGAAGGCCCACUAA